UGUGCACAAUCAGUAACAGAAUAUAUGCUUUGGUAUUCAUACAGAAAGCUCUUGCCGGCCUGAGGCGUAUUGAUCUUGAUGGGUUGCGGUGGAAAGUAUUCGAUGCGAAAGGCCAGGUUCUUGGAAGACUAGCAUCUCAAAUAUCAACUGUGAUUCAAGGGAAGGAUAAACCAACAUAUGCUCCAAACCGAGAUGAUGGUGAUAUGUGCAUCGUGCUUAACGCAAAGGAUGUUUGUGUCACGGGGAGAAAACUAACCGAUAAGGUUUAUCAUUGGCAUACUGGGUAUAUAGGUCACCUCAAGGAAAGGACUUUAAAGGAUCAGAUGGCCAAGGACCCUACGGAAGUCAUUCGCAAAGCUGUAUUACGCAUGCUCCCAAGGAACAAAUUGCGUGACGAUAGAGAUAGAAAGCUGAGGAUAUUUGUUGGUGGUGAACACCCCUUUGGUGAUCGGCCCCUUGAACCGUAUCUGAUGCCCCCUCGGCAAGUUAGGGAAAUGCGACCCCGUACAAGACGAGCCAUGGUCCGAGCUCAGAAGAAGGCUGAACAGCAACAACAGGAUGUUAAUGAUCCACGUAGGGGAAAAAGGAAGGAUAGACCCGAAGUGAAUGCAUGAAGAAUUAUUUGAGGUUAUUUUCUUAUCUGAAGGUUAUCAGGGGGCCUGAAUCAUUCAGAGUAUAAAUUUAACAGACGGAUGAGCUGAUUUCACAUCAGCAAGGAGGCACAUUGUUUGUCUUUACGACAUCAUUCCGAACAUUUUCUGUAUCGUACUCUGUUAUUUUGUAGACAGCAUAUGGUUAUUUUGAAUCUUAUUGGUAGAUCUUUGGAAAAAUAAAAUUAGACUAGUCAUAAGCUUUUAAGACAUCUAA